AUGUUUCCGACGCCUAGUUUAAUUCAUUUUACACGAGAUGAUUAUAGUCGAAUCUAUGAACCUGACGCUGAUUCGUUUCUUCUUCUUGACGCACUGGAAUCGAAGUUCAAGAAGAUCCAGGAACGAAACCCGUUCAUUAUCUUAGAAUUUGGCUCCGGUUCGGGGAUCGCGACAACUUUUGUGGCUAAACAUUUCUGUCAGUCGCCAUCUUUGUUUUUCGCUAUCGAUAUGAAUCCGCAUGCGUGUUAUUCAACGAAACGAACAUUUCAGCAUAAUCAUGUCGAUGACAAGCAGUGUUUAAAUCUCGUACAAUGUAAUUUAGCUGAUCCAUUAAUCGAUCGUUUGACCUCGAAGGUUGAUCUGUUACUUUUUAACCCACCUUACGUUCCAACUGAGACAGCGGAUGUGGAAGAAAUGAUCGAUCGAACGUUUGCAGGUGGAGAGCAAGGUAUCGAAGUAAUUCAAAGAUCAAUCGAACAAGCAAGUCGAUUACUAUCGCCGAAAGGCUUAUUUUAUAUGGUAGCAUUGGAAGAAAAUGAUUUUGAUAUGUUGAGCGAGUUUAGUGAUCAGUAUGGAUUGAGUGCGGAGAUUGUUCUCAAACGACGAACGUUAAUUGAACGAUUGCUAAUUGACAUUUAUUGUACAGAAUUGACAAUGCCAAAAUCCAAGGAACGUCUGGAAGAUUCCGAUUCAGAAGAAUCAAAAAGUUCGAAUAACGAUAACAAGUCAACUAGUGACGAAGAGCCAUCGAAAAAGUCUAAAGGAAAGAAGUCCAAUGGCGAAAAUGAACCCCCAGCAAAACGAACCAAACCAAAUGAGGAGGAUACAACAGUGCCUUCAACGACUGGUCCCAAUGGUGAACGACUUUACGAAAUUGGCAAAUUACGUUUUGUGUCGGUCAGUCAAUUUCGAGGUAAACCCUAUAUUAACAUUCGUGAAUAUUAUGAUGAUAACGGCAUACGAAAACCUGGGAGAAAAGGUAUCAGUUUAGCUGGUGACCAGUGGGAAAAAUUCAAAGAACUAUUCGAUCAGAUCGAUAACGAAUUAAAAGCUUCUAAAUAG